ACUCAUAGUAGAAGAGUGAUGUGAAGACUUGAAUCGGGAGGAAUUAACCUUUGUACCUGACGUGAAAAUUGUGCCUCAGAAUAGCUUUCAAAGUGUAAAUACGUAAUUAAAAAUAAAAAGUCAAAUACAACUCGUCAGUAAUCUUUACACAAAAACUACGUAUCUAAUCUAUAACCUAACUUAAUGUCUGAUUCAAGAGAUAUGGGUAACGCAAGUUACUCGGAUCGCCUUUGGGCGAAGACCUACAGUGAAAUAAAGAAUAACCACGAUGCAGCAUUUUUAGCAAUAGAUCAAGCUAUAACAUUAGAGGAACGAGAAAAACCAAACGAGGCUAUUGAGAAGUAUAAGGAAGGCAUUAGACUGAUAGACGAAGCUCUUUCCAUACAAGUCCAAUGUCCAGAUAAUCCCGAUAUAACAUGGGAGAAAGCCACUGUUAUGAUUCAAAAGAUUAAAAAAACUAGAGCUGAGGUACUCACUCGUAUUAGUUCUAUUCAGAGAUCGUCUACUUUUGUUCCCGAAGUACCUCCUGAAGAUCCACCUUCAUAUGAGGAGGCUGUAGCAUCUGUUUCAUCAGAUGAAGAACGAUCGAUGACUUACAGAGACCUAGCCACUGCAUUACGCGAUCUGAGUGUUAGUACCAAUCAGAGUAUAUCUGAAGAGAUUAUAUAUACACACGAUAACGUUAGGCUUUACUUUAUCUCUCCUAAUGGGGAAGUUUUGUCCACGCAGCUGCCGGAAACCCUCAAAAUAUCCCUGGUAGAAGGGGAAGAACCAAACACUCCUAAGGCGAUUCUACAGAUAGGUGCGUGGGUUUACCCAUUAAUUCCCGGAGUGUCACCUUGCUAUCGUACAGAUUACGGCGCUUUCAUCCUUCCCAAUGUCCAUGCAGACAUUCCGGGUUCUUCGGUAGGAAUUAUCUUACCUUCCGAUGCAGAUAAAGACGUAUUCGACAUAUUAGAGAAUAUAUUGCACGGAAUUAUUUCCCAGGCCACUGAAGAAGGCAUAGAAGCAGAGAGAAGGCGUAGGGCACAGCACGCCGCACAUAUAAGUUCUAGAAUCUCCAACGGCAUAGUAAACGGUGCCUGGUAUUUAUCCCAGGGAUUGAUAAAGGGAGCGCAAAAGGCUAGCGAAUUCUUCGACAGCAGCACUCCCAAGAUAAUAAAUAAUAUGAAACCGUCUGAACAACCCACGCAGAUACCUGAAAAGUUGUCGAAAGGUGUGCAGAUAGCCGAGACGGCUACGAAUAAAGCUGCGCAAGUGACGGGAUUCAUUGCGGAGAAAGUGGGCACCGCCACGAUGCGUCUGGGUCAGUUCUUGGCCCCGCACAUCCAAAAGCAAGGGACGAAACUGCUGACAACUGGUUUUAAAAUGUCCGAACAGGAGGCUUCCGAUAAAAUGGAAGGUAUUUUAACGGUAGCCGCUGGGGCGGUGGAGGGUUUUUCUACGGUGUACCGAGGCCUCCAUACCUCCGCUGGAAUUCUGGCCAGUAAUCUCAAAAACAACACCGUUAAAAUCGUCGAACACAAAUAUGGGGUCCCAGCUGCUACAUUAACAGGGACCUCUUUGUCGACGAUAGGCAACGUCUACACAAUAAGCCACGACGCCAAGAUGUUAAAACCUAAACAUUUGGCUUUCCAUACCGCUAAAGACACCACCACCGCUUUGACGUACGCUUAUAGCAGCUCCAGUAGAGGGAACGCCGCUUACCAGAACUUGCCUGGUCCGUCUGGUAGUAGCGAAAAACCCGACGGUUGUAAUUCUCACAACGAUGAUGGGGACAGAAAGAAGGGUUUGAAAUAAUUUAAGUUGGUGUUUGUUUAUUAUAAUUUUCUUUCAUAUCAAAUGAAAUACUCUCUAUUUAAAGUGGAGGAGGAUAUAUCGGAAAUAAGACGUGAUGGUUGUAGUAGGUGUUAUUGUUAAUCGUUUAUCUUGUAUAUCUACGUUUGGUGUACAGCAACAUUUCCUAUAUUAUUUUUUACUGUGAUAUAAAUUUUUUAUAAUAUAUUUAAUAAAUUUGUUACACAGGG